AUGAGUUCCUCCGAGGAUGAGGGGGAAUACAAUGACCCCAUCGACUUUAAAAAGCAAAUGAAAGCUCUCAAGAAACGCGAAAAAGAGCUUACGCGAAAAGCCGACAAUAUAGAAAGCAUGAUGAAGAUAUUUACCCAAACUCUCGCAGGCAGUAGACCUCCUCCUACUUUUACAUCUACCGGACAGCCCGAACAUGUGCCUCUUUGGUCUCCAGAAGCGCUAAGAGAUAUUCCCUCCGCUUCGUCAAUGCCAAGUGCAUUUACCUAUCCAUCCAACACGCCGUACUCGCGAUCGUAUAUAAGAGACGCGCUCGAAUUAGUGCCUAAAUACGAUGGACAAAAUAUCGCGGUUUGGCAAUUUGCUCGUGCCUGUAAAAGAGCGAAAGAAUCAGUCCCUCUUCUCGACGAAGCCCAUCUCGUUCGCUCAUUAAGAAACAAGUUAACAGGACACACUUACCUUGCUGUGGAGGAUGAGGUUCACCUAACAAUGGAUAAAUUUUUAGACACCUUGAAGCGCACAUUCGGUUCCGGUAGAACUGCUAAUUAUUACCGCGGUCAACUCAGCAUUAUUCACAAAAAGCCCGCCGAACAUAUACUAGACUACAUCGGGCGUAUCAAAGAUUUGAGAACCGCGAUCAUAGAAGGAGAUCAAACAAAUUUCGAUCGUCAAUUAACGGAAAGCGAGAUAGCUUCCAUCGAUGCCCUUGCGUUAGAAUCUUUUUACGAGGGAUUGCCACGAGAAUAUCGGGUAGAACUUAGAGCCGAAGGCUAUACUAAUUUCGCAGACACUUGUGCUAAAGUAAUUAUUAUUAGUAAACGAUUGGAGAGAGAGGAGGCUAGGGAAAAGCAAGCGCGUGCUUCGCGUACAAAUCAAAAUCAAAGUAAAAAUGCGGCGAACCUGCAAAGCAACAAUAAUAAUUUUGGUUCCUCUUCUGGAACUCUAGGUAGCACCGAACAGAAAAUUUGUAGCUAUUGUAAGCGUUUCGGGCACCUGAUUAACGAAUGUCGUACUCGACACCAGCAAUUUUUCGGGAAACCAAGCAGAGGCCUCGGCCAACGGGACAUCCCGAGGCCCAGGAAAUCCUCGUCCCAUCCUCACGGUGGAAGACCGCCCUUCUACGUCAUCAGGAAUUACACCGGAGAUAUUCCCUCCGUAGAGGUCGAGUCCCCCUCUUUUCGCGGACCGAUCGCCUUUAUGGUGGACACCGGAGCGCACCCUAAUAUCAUUAAGAAAGGAUGUGUUCACGGUGACAUCACUAUUAAUAAUCAAGAGAUUUUGCAACUAACAGGCAUAACUGAAAAUGCCGUUAGCACGCUAGGCUCUAUCGAAGCCCAUAUAUUAGAAACUCCAGUAAAAAUUCACGUCGUGCCAGAUGAAUUUCCAAUGACGCAACAAGGUAUUCUAGGCACGUCAUUCUUCAAAGAACACGACGCCUGUAUCGAUUACGCACAAAGAAACCUGACUUGGCGAGUAUACGCCGGAGAUUCACUUGUAACUUGUAUUAAUGACAAGGCUUACAUACGAAUAAUUAAUACGCUCGAUCACGAGAUCGAAGUUCUGAUACCUACCCUGCGAAUCGAAGAAGUUGCUCAAAUUGCUGACAAACUACCGACCUCUACGGAGAUCGAAAACACUCCAUUAUUAAACCAGAAUUCUCCUAAAAAUAAAAAUCAUAAAUUACUACAAUCCUCUAAAAAUAACAUAAUUAAUACUACUACUAAUGCAAACAAUUACAUUAACAAAACAAAUGUUCCUAUUAAUACUAAUGGUGAUAACAGUGACGACACAAAUAACACUGGUGAUAACGCCGCAAACACUAAUACUAAUACUAAUAACGAUGAAUCGCUCUCUCUUACCAAUCCUCCUAAUUUCUACAAUGCAUCUUUCGAAUGCACUCAAAAUACUCUACUCCAUGCAGAAAGCAUGCGAGCCCAGACGGGCCCCUUUCACAAAAAAGAAAGCGCGACUGCCCUCAUGGGACCUUCUUUUUCUCACAAAUCUAGCCCAAGCGGCAUCUACUCUAAUCCUACGCUGGCACCACAGAGUGCACCAGCUCCCUCCCUUGUGCCAUGCAGAGCACUCCCACAAGAAAAAGCGAUUCAUAACAUAAAUAAUAAUCAAGCAAUUUCUAUUAUAAAUACAAAGGAAAUUGCCGUUACUAAAAAUAAAAAGAUUACGCGUAGAAAUAUCACCAUCACUCAAAGUCGCACGAUAAAACCCAACGAAAAAUUUGAGAAUUCUAAAUUAAACGAUUUUAAAAUAAAUCCUGAUAGAGUAUCCAUAAUAUUACAAUCACUCCGACUUGAACAUUUGACUUCUCUCGAGCAGGAACACAUUGUCACACUAGUUGAAAAUAACUCAGAUAGAUUUCACAUACCUAACGACUAUCUCGGUCAAACUCACGUAGUAACGCAUAAAAUAACGACUACAGAUGAUGUACCAAUACACACAAAACAGUAUCGAUUUCCUCCUAUACAUAAAGAUGAGAUAAAUCGACAAGUAAACCAACUUCGCUCAAACGACAUUAUAGUACCUUCCAACUCUCCAUAUAAUUCACCUGUUUGGAUUGUACCAAAGAAAUCUGAUUCAACGGGUAAUAAAAGAUGGCGAAUGGUCAUCGAUUACAGACGGUUAAACGAAAAAACAAUCGGAGACGCGUAUCCGUUACCGAACAUCUGCGAUAUCAUGGACCAACUCGGUGGUUCUAAAUAUAUGUCGAUACUCGAUUUAAUUAGCGGGUUCCACCAGAUACCCAUGGACCCCGCCGAUGCGCAUAAAACCGCAUUUUCGACACCGCACGGGCAUUAUGAGUUCUCGCGAAUGCCUUUCGGUUUGAAAAACGCCCCAGCCACUUUCCAGCGAUUAAUGGAUCAAAUUUUAACUGGCUUACAAGGGGUCGAAUUAUUUGUGUACAUGGACGAUAUGGUAUACGCGAGCUCGUUACAAGAGCAUGAAAUAAAAAUGAAUAAGUUAAUGAACCGUCUGCGAUCCGCAAAUCUAGUGCUUCAACCGGAUAAAUGUGAAUUCCUCCGUCGCGAAGUGGCAUAUCUCGGUCACAUAAUUGGAGAAAAUGGCGUACGCCCAGAUCCGCAAAAAAUUUCCGCAGUACAGAAUUUUCCAGUUCCAAAGAAUAUAAAGAAUGUUCGUCAAUUCCUUGGAUUAGCCGGCUAUUACCGCCGCUUCAUUCCAAAUUUUUCGAAAAUCGCCAAUCCGCUAUCUAAUUUAUUAAAGAAAGACGUAGCUUUUAAAUGGAACGAUACUACACAAGAAGCGUUUAAUACUCUAAAAGAAUUGUUAUGUAAGGAACCAAUUUUGCAAUAUCCGGAUUUCAACCGCGCAUUUGUCCUUACAACAGACGCAUCAAAUUUCGCUAUCGGUGGAGUACUAAGUCAAGGCGAAAUAGGCCACGACCUUCCAAUCGCCUACGCGUCAAGAGUGUUAAACUCAGCAGAAAAAAAUUAUUCUAUCAUCGAAAAGGAACUCCUUGCUAUCACGUACUGCGUAAAUCAUUUUCGCCCAUAUCUUUACGGUAGAAAAUUCACUCUAGUAACUAAUCACCAGCCAUUGACCUGGCUGCAUCGCGUCAAGGACCCUACGUCUAGGCUCGCGCGAUGGCGCUUAAAAUUGGAAGAGUAUGAUUAUGAUAUCGUUUAUAAGAAAGGCACAAGUAACAAUAACGCGGAUGCACUGUCUAGAAAUCCCAUUAUUCCUAAGCCAAUCUUUUAUUCCGUAAUGCCUAUUAGGAAAAAACCGCGAUUUGAGUCACAAACUCACGAAGUUCGCCGCGCAUUAAGUACACUGUUUACUGGCGACAACGAUUCUGAUGAUGAGCGUCCACGAAAAAGGCCUAUAUUAAGGUCUGGCUCCGGUGUAGAAUUGGGCUCUCCCCCGGAUUCUGAAGAAUCGAACGCCUCGCUAAUUAUUUGUGAAGAACAGUCUCAUAUUAAACAACCGAUCCCACAGUCAUCUAAUCGCGAAUUCAGCUUUAACCCAGGGGCAUCAUUUCAAGAAGAGAUGAUCCGCCUCGAACCAUCAGACCAAACGGUCUCACAGCCACUUACGUCUAUACCGUCGCGAUACAAAUUGAGACCGCGAAAGCAGAAAAACAUAAUCGAGAUCUCUAGCGUGGACGAAGACGCGCGAAUUUCAGACUUUGAGGAAACGCCACCUCAACCUGAUAUCCCACCAGAGCCUCCACCUUCCGAUUUCGAACUCUCAGAUAGUGAGCAUGAGCAUGAACCAGAUCUUGAAUCAUUACCUAUUCCUAACGCCCUGUGUAAAAUUCUAGACAAUCCGUCAUCAUUGCUCGAAAGAAACGAUCAUCUCGUUGUAUUAACCACUGUUGAUACGCGACCUUUUGAUAAUGGAGCAAUUGAACUCCACGAUGCAGAGAAAUUGCCAAUUCUUGACAAUUUGAUGCUCGGAAGAGCCCGCGUCUACUUGCUGAGUCAUUAUAAUGACAAACAUGUAAUUAUCUUAGCUGUAAAAGAACGAAGGACCAUUCAGAUGGAUAUUGAAAUUUUAAAAGAAUGUUUCGCUUCGCUUCUCGAUGUAAUCACUGAAUUAAAUUUACAGUCUAUUAGCGUGAGGAAAACUGAAAUAUUAGAUUCAACUCCAUGGAGACUAGUACUCGAAAGUUUAACAACUGCGGUAGCAGAACAACCUAUCAUUAUUAAUAUUUGUCACGGCUUAACUACUCCUUUAGUAGAAGAUAGAAUUAACAUAAUAAAAGAACACCAUGAAUCAGCAAUUGGUGGACAUAAAGGCAUCACUAAAACUUACAGACUUAUUAGAAAACGUUAUUUUUGGCCCGAUAUGAAAAAUCAAAUUCAAAAUUUCGUUAAACAAUGCCUUACUUGCCAAACACGAAAACUUGUUAGACAAAAAACGACCAAUGAUGCUGACCGAUACACCUGGUCAAGCAUUCGACAAAGUCGCUCUUGAUAUUGUAGGACCUCUUAAAACCACUGAUUCAGGCAAUACUUAUAUCCUAACAAUGCAAGACCUAUUGACUAAAUAUUCUGUCUAUGCACCUCUGUCAAGUAUUAGCGCCGAAGCAACAGCUACAGCCUUUAUCAAUUAUUUUAUCUGCCGAUUUGGUUGUCCACGCAGUAUUCUAACAGACCAAGACCGUAACUUUAUGAGUCAAGUAAUGAAAAGUAUUACGAAAAAGUUUCGAAUCCAGCAUUUCAGAACCACCGCGUAUUAUCCUCAAUCUAACGGAUCGCUCGAAAGAUCACAUUCCGUGCUAAUUGAGUACUUAAAAUGCUUUGUACAAAAGGAAAAUGAAUGGGAUAUACAUAUUGAAAGAGCUAGUUUCUCGUACAAUACCUCUGUGCACGAAGGUACUGGGUAUACCCCACACGAAUUAAUUUUUGGUACACCAGCACGAAUCCCAUCUAGCUAUAAUACUGAGCCUGCUCAAGAAACUUAUUCCCACCAACUUAACAAUUUA